CGGCGGCGAGUUCGACAUGGAACUGAACUUCGUGAUCCAGGACGCGCAGAACAUCAAACACAUGCUGGAACUGCUGGACCACUGCCCGCCCAACCUCCAGGCGGAGAUCUGGAGCGUCUUCAUCGCAAUCUUGCGGAAGAGCGUGCGCAACCUGCAGGCGUGCACGGACGUCGGCCUGAUCGAGCACGUGCUGCACAGGCUGAGCCGCGCCGACACGGUGGUCGCGGAUCUCCUAAUUGAAAUGUUGGGCGUACUGGCCAGUUACAGUAUUACUGUUAAAGAACUGAAGCUGCUGUUUGGUGCAAUGAAGGCUGUCAACGGAAAAUGGCCAAGGCAUUCCCCAAAACUCCUAAAUGUUCUGCGUCAGAUGCCUCAAAGGAAUGGGCCAGAUGUGUUCUUCAGUUUCCCUGGCCGAAAAGGCUCUGCCAUCGUUUUGCCUCCCCUUGCAAGGUGGCCGUAUGAAAAUGGUUUUACUUUCACAACCUGGUUCCGUUUAGAUCCCAUUAACUCUGUAAAUAUUGAGAGGGAAAAGCCAUAUUUGUACUGUUUCAAAACAAGCAAGGGAGUUGGAUACUCAGCACAUUUUGUUGGAAACUGUUUAGUGCUGACGUCUAUGAAGGUGAAAGGGAAAGGUUUCCAGCACUGUGUAAAAUAUGAGUUUCAACCUAGAAAGUGGUAUAUGAUUGCUAUUGUGUAUAUAUACAAUAGAUGGACAAAAAGUGAAAUAAAAUGCCUUGUUAAUGGCCAGUUAGCUUCCAGUACAGAGAUGGCGUGGUUUGUUUCAACAAAUGAUCCAUUUGAUAAGUGUUAUAUUGGUGCUACUCCAGAACUGGAUGAAGAAAGAGUCUUUUGUGGCCAGAUGUCAGCAAUUUAUCUGUUUAGUGAAGCAUUAACGACACAUCAGAUAUGUGCUAUGCACAGACUUGGCCCUGGCUACAAAUGUCAGUUUCGGUUUGACAAUGAGUGCAACCUGAGCCUGCCCGACAAUCACAAACGGGUGAGUGAGCCGGCCGCUGCAGCCCCCGCCCCCGCCCCCUCACGCAUGCUGGACAACCACGCCUUGCUCUCUGUGUUAUAUGAUGGGAAACUGUCAAGUGCCAUUGUGUUCAUGUACAAUCCUGUAGCAACAGACAGCCAAUUGUGUUUGCAGUCUGCCCCAAAAGGCAAUAUUUCGUAUUUUGUACAUACUCCUCAUGCGCUUAUGCUACAGGAUGUCAAAGCAGUCAUUACUCAUUCCAUCCACAGUACUCUUAAUUCUAUAGGGGGAAUUCAAGUCCUGUUUCCACUAUUUUCACAACUUGAUAUGCCUUAUGACUGUGGUGUUGGAGCAACAGAUACCAAGAAAGACUCUUCACUGUGUUCAAAACUUCUUGGGUUUAUUUGUGAGCUUGUUGAGAGCUCUCAAACAGUUCAACAGCAUAUGAUACAAAAUAGGGGUUUCCUAGUGAUCAGUUACAUGCUUCAGAGAUCAUCAAGAGACCAUUUAACACUGGAAGUGCUCAGUUCAUUUCUUGGACUGACAAAAUACCUUGUGACAUGCCUGAGCUCCAAUAGUGAACUGCUUCUGAAACAGCUGCUGGACCAUGUGCUGUUCAACCCUGCAUUAUGGAUCUACACCCCUGCACCAGUACAAACUCGGCUCUACUCCUACUUAGCAACAGAGUUCCUUGCCGAUACCCAGAUCUACUCCAAUGUGCGCCGUGUUUCAACAGUCCUACAGACGGUGCACACACUGAAGUACUAUUAUUGGGUAACAAACCCACGUGCCAAAAGUGGAAUAACACCUAAAGGACUAGAUGGACCGAGACCACCACAGAAAGAUAUACUGGCAAUACGUGCAUACAUUCUCUUAUUUCUAAAACAGCUGAUUAUGAUUGGAAAUGGAGUAAAGGACGAUGAACUACAAAGUAUUCUAAAUUACCUCACAACGAUGCAUGAAGAUGAGAAUUUACAUGAUGUACUGCAGAUGCUUAUAUCAUUGAUCUCUGAACAUCCAGCUUCAAUGGUUCCUGCAUUUGAUGUGAAGCAAGGAGUACGUACUAUCUUCAAGCUACUUGCCGCUGAGAGUCAAUUGAUCAGGCUCCAGGCGCUGAAGCUCCUGGGUUUCUUUCUGAGCCGCAGCACACACAAGAGGAAAUAUGAUGUCAUGAGCCCUCAUAAUCUUUACACGUUGCUUGCUGAGAGACUGCUGCUAAAUGAAGAAACUCUGACUCUGCCAACAUAUAACGUACUAUAUGAGAUAAUGACAGAGCACAUUAGUCAACAGAUACUGUAUACAAGACACCCAGAACCUGAGUCACACUUUAGACUGGAAAAUCCAAUGAUCUUGAAGGUUGUUGCCACAUUAAUCCGCCAGUCUAAACAGACAGAACAACUUUUGGAUGUUAAGAAGCUGUUUCUAUCAGAUAUGACCUUGCUUUGUAAUAACAAUAGAGAAAACAGGAGAACAGUCCUUCAGAUGUCAGUGUGGCAGGAAUGGCUAAUAGCAAUGGCAUACAUCCAUCCAAAAAAUACAGAAGAGCAAAAGAUUUCAGACAUGGUGUACUCUUUGUUUCGAAUGCUACUUCAUCAUGCCAUUAAGCAUGAAUAUGGAGGAUGGAGAGUUUGGGUUGAUACUCUUGCAAUUGUUCAUUCAAAAGUCUCAUAUGAAGAGUUUAAGCUGCAGUUUGCUCAAAUGUAUGAACAUUAUGAAAGGCAGAGAUCAGACAACAUCACAGAUCCAGCUGUGCGCCAGCAGAGACCUAUUAGCACAAUCUCUGGCUGGGACCAGCAGCAUCACAUUGUUAAUGGCUACCACCACAGUCACCCGACAGUCUCCAGUUGGCAGUCCUCAGCAGACAAUAAGGACAUGGCUCCUGUGUGCAGCUGUGGUCUGGGAUCACCAGAGCAUGAGGAUACUGCCAAGUGUGGCAGUGAAGAUGAUAAGCAGCCAAGUGACAUGCUUUCCAUAGGUUCAAGUACAUGCAAUCUCUAUAGUGAUGUAUGCAAAGCGGAAUCAUCAUCACUCAACAUUGAUGACAACCACAACUCUGAUACAGAUAGACCAAAGUUUGAAGCUGGUGACAGACUAGAAGAAAGUUCUCCAACACCACAAAUGGAAGGCUCAUCCCAACCCACUGUAACAACAGAGGGUAGCUCAGAAGAAGCCCUCGUGUCUCCGGUUUCUGGUACAGACGGUGCAAGUGUAGACUUAGAUGUAUACAAGGGUGAUGAAGAGACCUCAAUAGAAGGAAUCAGUGGCAGUUGUGAGGAUAGUGGUGUUGUUGAAGGUUCUUAUAGUGAGGGUGCUGCUAAAGAUGUUUCAGAUGCGUGUGAGACAGCUCGUGAUGAAAAUGAGAAGGUUUUACUUUCUGAAAGCAGAGAAGAAAGUACUGAAAGCAGUGUAACAGAGAAUGUGGUGAGUGGUGUAGAUGUAGUAGAAAGUGUUAGUAAAGAUAUUGCUCAAAAACCUGAGGGAGAAAGUACUGCACAAGUGUUUGAAUUAGAUUCUUCCCAUCUUAGUUCAUUAGAGGCAGAUACUAGUUUUGAUGAAUUAGUGGAAACUAAAAAUGAAAUCCUCAAGAAAGAGUCAGAUGUUUUAGAGUUUGUUAGCAGGGAGAUGACAGUACAAGUUGAAAGGGAAGUUAUUGACAGUGACACAUCGGAAGCGUACUUGACACCGACUGACACUACUGAUGUGACCAGUGAGAAGAAAGAUAAUGAAGGUGAAGAAUCAGAAGAGCGACUUCAAGAGCCAAAAGAUAAGAAUGUGGAUUUGGAAGCAAAAAGUGACGUAGAGGGAAGAGUUGUGACAGAUGAAAGUGUUUUAGUAGUGGUUGAUAAAGAUAGUGCAGAUUUUUCUCCUCUGCGUGAGGAAGACAGGUAUCAGGAUGAUGUUUCUUGUGCUGCAGACAGUGAGAGAGACCAAGAAAAUAGUGCUGUCAGUAGUGUAGGUGCCAUUGUGAUUCCUAGUGUAGAAUCUGAACCAUGCACUCACAGUGAAAGUGAAGAACGGGUGCUCAGUGAAAGUGAAAGAACAGAUUUCUUAAAAUCUGAAGUGACGGACUUUCCAGCUAGUGACAUAAGCUGUCAAAAAGCUGAGGUAGAUGAUGUAAAAGUGACUGCUGCGUCUGACAGCUUAAAUAAUAAUUGUGAUACGUUAUCUCAGAAUUCUUCUCAGGUGCCAAAUAUUGUUGAAAGUGAGUCUAAUGAGAAUGGUGAUGAAAAUAAGGCCUUUAGAACUGUAGAUUGUGAGGUAAGUGAUAGGACUACUAUUACAGUGGAAAGUGAAAUAGUGCCUCCGCAAUCGAGCGAAGAAAUUUCUGUAAAUAAUACCUCAGAUGUACCUGCAUCCACUGCUGAAACGAAAGACAGUAUGGCUCGUGAACAGGUUGGAGACACUGUGUGCACUACUGCAAUCCCUACUUAUCAAGCAUCACCUCAAAAGCGGCCACACAGCUCUUCGACUUCGACACAAGUGGAUCCAGUUCAUUUUGAAACAAAACGAACAAAACCAUCACCAGUGCCUCAAAAUUCCUCUCGCCCCAUGUUUAGUCCUGGGCCAACGAGACCACCUUUUAGAAUACCAGAAUUCAAGUGGUCUUAUAUCCAUCAGCGUUUGCUAUCUGAUGUCCUUUUUUCUCUAGAGACUGAUAUUCAGGUUUGGAGAAGCCAUUCAACGAAGUCUGUACUAGAUUUUGUAAACAGCAGUGAAAAUGCUAUUUUUGUUGUAAAUACUGUGCACCUGAUUUCACAAUUAGCAGACAACCUCAUUAUUGCCUGUGGUGGCCUUUUACCUUUGUUGGCAUCUGCAACAUCACCUAAUUGCGAGCUUGAUGUAAUCGAACCUACUCAGGGUAUGCCUAUUGAAGUCGCUGUUUCAUUCCUGCAGCGGCUUGUCAACAUGGCAGAUGUUCUUAUUUUUGCCAGUUCACUCAAUUUUGGUGAACUAGAGGCUGAGAAAAAUAUGUCAAGUGGUGGAAUUCUUAGACAAUGCUUGAGACUAGUAUGUACCUGUGCUGUGCGAAACUGUCUGGAAUGUAAAGAACGCUCGAGACAGUUUCCAACACCCACUCCAACAACUGUCAACAACAACAACAAAGCAGCUCAUCUUCAGUCACUCAUUAGAGGGGUUCAGGCAUCACCCAAGAAUAUAGUUGAAAAUCUUGCUAGCCAGUCGAGCCCAGUAAAAGACCCAGAGAAACUCUUACAAGACAUGGAUGUAAAUAGACUGCGAGCAGUAAUUUAUAGAGAUGUGGAGGAGACCAAACAAGCACAGUUCCUGUCACUGGCCAUAGUGUACUUCAUUUCGGUGCUGAUGGUGUCCAAGUACCGUGACAUACUGGAGCCACCAGUCGCGCCACGGCCUCCCAGCCCGGGGCCAGGUCCAGUGCUGCGUAACGAUGGUGGUUCCCACCACAGCAGCAGUCCUCCAGAGACUGGAGCGAGGCCUCUCUUCCCACAGUGGUCCCAUCAUGUUUAUCCUCAGUUCCUUCCUGGGUCUCAUCCCAAUGCUGUUCAACAGCCUUUCCUUCGCCGUCAUCCUUUUUACAAAAAUCACAACAACAACAACAAUAACAACAACAACAACAACAACAACAAUCAUGUGCCAACUAGGUAUAGGAACUCAACCAUAAAUAAUCAAGCUCACCCUCGUGAAAUAUGCCAACAACUUUCUCAUGACGAUGGUGAAUAUGAAGUAAUAGUCGUAGAUGAAAAUAACUCAUCUGUCCUGGCUGACCACGACACUCAUUCGAGUGGACCACCAUCUCUUAAGGGUAACACCCGCUCGAGAACAUCAUCACACGCUUCCUCCCUUAACCAUCCUUAUGAUGUAGAGCCAGCAGAUGGUAUUCAGAGGUACACCAGAGCUCCUACAACCAACAUGCUUGCUAACAAGGCUUCAGGCUGCCAGAUGAUGUGGAAGAGUUAUGAUGGACUGGACUCUCAUUGUCAGAGUGGAGACUCUGCAGAAGACAGUAGUUCACUUCAGCUAAACACAACAGAACAUAUGCAAAAUGCAGAACACAGUGAUGUAAAUGCAAUAACAGAAGAUGAGAGGUCUACACCGAUUGUCAAUGAUGAUAGCUGGACUGAUGUCAACUUAAAUGAAGAGGGUCCUGAGAUAGCAUUGUCAUCUGAUUCAAUGCAUAACAACUUGCAUGAUGGACAUGAUAACAGUCGUGGUGAAAAGCCUCGUGCAGAAAUAUCUGUUGUACGUGUUCCGGAUGGUAUGUGCCCUACUCCUGCACAGAUGAGGCCAGAUGAACUGCCCAUAAAACCUAUGGUUGAACACUUGGCUGUGCCUACGCCAUCUCGAGAGGCUUCACUCACACAGAAGCUAGAAAUGGCUCUGGGCUCUGUCUGUCCAUUACUGCGGGAAAUAAUGGUUGACUUUGCUCCUUUCCUCUCUAAAACCCUGGUUGGAUCACAUGGGCAGGAACUUCUAAUGGAAGGCAAAGGUUUAACAACUUUCAAAAAUAGCAAUUCUGUUGUUGAACUAGUUAUGCUCUUGUGUUCACAAGAAUGGCAGAACUCUCUGCAGAAACAUGCAGGCCUUGCAUUUAUUGAAUUGAUCAAUGAGGGGCGAUUGUUAUCUCAUGCAAUGAAGGACCACAUUGUACGAGUGGCAAAUGAAGCAGAAUUUAUUUUAAACAGAAUGCGAGCUGAUGAUGUUCUGAAGCAUGCUGACUUUGAGUCGCAAUGUGCACAGACACUUCUUGACCGCCGAGAGGAAGAGAGAAUGUGUGACCAUUUAAUCACAGCUGCCCGCCGUAGGGACAAUGUUAUAGCAAGUAGACUUUUGGAAAAAGUUCGCAACAUUAUGUCCAACAAGCAUGGAGCAUGGGGAUACAUGGACCCACAAGCAGCAAAAAUGAAUGAAUUCUGGAAACUGGAUGCCUGGGAGGAUGAUGCUAGACGCAGAAAGAGAUUUGUCCAUAAUCCGCUGGGUUCAAGCCAUCCAGAGGCAACUCUUAAGGCUGCACUUGAACAUGGGGCUCCAGAAGAUGCAAUCCUGCAGGCAAGAGAAGAGUUCCAUGCACAGCUUGCAGCAUCCCGUGCACAACAGCAGCAACUGCAGUCUAAUGAUCUGAUGGAUGACAGUGAACUGCUAGCUGAUGACCGUGAUCUUGAUGUUGAUCUCACUGGUCCUGUGAACAUCAGUACUAAAGCAAAGCUGGUAGCACCAGGCAUUGUAGCACCUGGCAUGGUAUCUAUUACAUCAACAGAGCUGUACUUUGAAGUAGACGAGGAUGAUCCUGAGUACCGGAAGAUUGAUUCUGAGCGAGGAGGCCCGGUGCGCGGCUGCUGGCGCUGGUGCUUUGCAUACGGCCUACCUGUGUGGCCCGGCGGCGCCCCGCGUGGGCGGCAGGGCGGCCGCUGCCUGGCGCCCCUCUGGCGCCGCCCCCUCCCCCGCCCUCCACCCCCACCUCCCGCCGCCCCCUGCGGCGGUCCCGUCCCGGCUAGGAAUGCGGCGGAGGCGACCCGCCGCGAACCGAAUAUCAACGAGCGCUAUUAA